AUGUCUAAAGACGAAAUCAAAGAUAAGAAGAGAAAGUCAGAGGAAUAUGAAGUAGUUGACAAGAAGAAACAUAAGAAAGACAAGAAAGACAAGAAGGAAAAGAAAGACAAAAAGGAAAAGAAGCUUAAGAAAGAUAAGAAAGAUAAGAAGGAUAAGAAAGAAACCAAAUCUGAAUCCGAAUCUAAUGAAGAUAAUGAAUCAGUUGCCUCCGUUUCAACUUCAUCUACAGUUGACGGUUAUACUGAAAAUGCUGAUCUUUUAAAGGUCCCUCAAUCUGAAAUUGAUGAAUUCUUUACCACCAAUGAAGUUGCUGUUGAAGAUGAAUCUAAAUUAAACUUACGCCCAUUGUUAUCCUUUAGUCAUAUUUCUUUAGACUCUAGAAUUCAAGCUGAAAUCUCUAAAUUUCCUAAACCAACUCCAAUUCAAGCUGUUUCUUGGCCAUAUUUAUUAGCUGGCAAAGAUGUUAUUGGUGUUGCUGAGACAGGUUCCGGUAAGACCUUCGCUUUUGGUGUCCCAGCAAUCAACAACAUUUUAACGAAAUCAGGUUCUAAGCCAGGUAAAAAUGGUAUCCAAGUCUUGAUUAUUUCCCCAACUAGAGAAUUGGCUUCUCAAAUCUAUGACAACUUAGUUAUUUUAACCGAUAAGGUUGGCUUAGAAUGCUGUUGCGUAUAUGGUGGUGUUCCAAAGGAUGAACAACGUACCCAAUUGAAAAGAUCUCAAGUCGUUGUUGCUACCCCAGGUAGAUUAUUAGAUUUGAUUCAAGAAGGUGCUGCAAAUUUAUCUAAUGUUAACUAUUUAGUUUUAGAUGAAGCUGAUAGAAUGUUGGAAAAAGGUUUUGAAGAAGAUAUUAAAAAUAUCAUUAGAGAAACCAAAUCUACUGGAAGACAAACUUUAAUGUUCACCGCCACUUGGCCUAAGGAAGUUCGUGAAUUAGCAUCCACAUUCAUGAACAGCCCAAUUAAGGUUUCCAUUGGUAACACAGAUGAAUUGUCUGCCAAUAAGAGAAUUACUCAAAUUGUGGAAGUUAUCGAUCCAUUCAAAAAGGAAAGAAAACUAUUAGAAUUGUUGAAGAAAUAUCAAUCCGGUUCCAAAAAAGACGAUAAAGUUUUAAUCUUCGCUUUAUAUAAGAAAGAAGCAGCUCGUGUUGAAAGAAAUUUGAACUACAAUGGUUACAAAGUUUCAGCUAUUCAUGGUGAUUUGUCCCAACAGCAAAGAACCAAUGCUUUAGAUGAAUUUAAAACAGGAAGAUCUAGUAUUUUGCUAGCUACCGAUGUUGCUGCCAGAGGUUUAGAUAUUCCAAAUGUCAAAACUGUAAUCAAUCUAACUUUCCCAUUGACUGUUGAAGAUUACGUUCAUAGAAUUGGUAGAACUGGUAGAGCUGGUAAGACUGGUACCGCUCACACAUUAUUUACAGAACAAGAAAAACAUUUAGCCGGUAGUUUGGUAAAUGUUCUGAAUGGUGCAGGCCAACCAGUUCCAGAAGAAUUGAAGAAAUUUGGUACCCACACUAAAAAGAAGGAACACAGUGCUUAUGGUGCUUUCUACAAAGAUGUUGAUAUGACCAAAAAGGCAAAGAAGAUUACUUUUGAUUGA